CCCCACCCCCUAGCCCUGCCUGUUCCCUCUAACUCCUGCUCCCCACGCCAAGCUGAGCCUCGCUACCACCCCCUGGGAGCCCACUGGAUUGCCCGGAGCAAACAGAAUGGAUUUCUGAGGGAGAAGCUGGAACAGCAGGGAGGAGAGCCAGUGCCUUCGGAGUCCCCGCAGGCCGGAGGGACGGCUGGGAGGCCCCUGUGCCGCGUGGGGGGUACGGGGCUUUGGCAUCAGCCAGGACGGAGCAGACACCCAGCUGCACCCCGUGGUACCUGCGUGACCUGGGGACCCGAGAGUCAGCAUGCUGUGUGGCGGGGCGGCCGCUCUGUUCCUGCUGAUGCUCCAGGGAGCCUGGGGUUGCCUAGACCUCGUCUGCUACACCGAUUACUUCCAGACAGUCACCUGCACCCUGGAGACAGGGACCGUCCACCCCAGCAACCUCACCCUCACCUGGCAAGACCCAUAUGGAGAACUGGAGGAUGAAGUCACCUCCUGCAGCCUCCAGCGGUCCACCCACAACGCCACGCACGCAAAGUACAUGUGCCACAUGGAUGUGUUCCACUUCAUGGCCGACGACAUUUUCAGUGUCAACGUGACAGACCAGCCUGGCAAUUACUCCCAGGAGUGCGGCAGCUUUGUCCUGGCUAAGAGCAUCAAGCCAUCCCCCCCUUUCAACGUGACUGUGACCUUCUCGGGACAUUAUAACAUCUCCUGGAGCUCCAGUUACAAUUCCUACCCGCUGAAGGGCAAGCUGCAGUAUGAGCUACGGUACAGGAAGCAGGGGCGCUCCUGGGCUCUGAGCCCGGGGAGAAAGCUGAUCUCCGUGGACUCGAGAAGCGUCUCUCUCCUCCCCUUGGAGUUCCAGGGUGACUCGAGCUACGAGCUCCAGGUGCGCGCAGGGCCCCAGCCCGGCUCCAACUUCCAGGGGACCUGGAGCGAGUGGAGUGACUCCGUCACCUUUCACACCCAGCCGGAAGAGAUAAAGGGAAGCCAGCACACGUACCUGCUCUACCUCCUCCUGGUCAUCAUACUCCCCAUCCUCGUCUUCUUAGGCCUGAAGAUCCACCUGCCUUGGAGGCUGUGGAAGAAGGUGUGGGGGCAGGUGCCCAGCCCGCAGAAGUUCUUCCAGCCCCUCUACGUGGGCCACAGCGGGGACUUCAAGAAAUGGGUGGGUGCACGCUUCACCGCCUCCAGCCUGGAGCUGGGCCCCCGGAGCCCCGAGGCGCUCUCCUCCCUGGAGCUGUACUACUGCUGCCCUGCGCAGAGCGCCAGCAAGGGGCUGGAGUCCACGCAGCUGCCGGAGCCCACGGACCUGCUGGAAGCCGACGGGGGGCCCGAGCUGGGGGGCUUCUGGGUCCCAGCCCCCUCCACUGCCGGCAGCGUGGGUGGCUCAGCUUAUAGCCAGGAGAGGGACCGGCCAUACGGCGUUGUGUCCAUUGACACGGUGACCGUGGCAGACACAGAGGGGCCGUGUGCGUGGUCCUGCACCUGUGGGGCUGACGGCUACCCAGCCCUGAACUUGGACGCCAGCCUGGAGCCCGGCUCCGGCACUGAGGAUCCGCUCUUGGACACAGGGACUACGGUCCUAUCCUGUGGCUGCGUCUCAACCGGUGGCCUCGCCGGGCUGGGAGGCCCCCCGGGCAGCCUCCUCGACAGGCUACAGCUGCCCCUGGAGGACGAGGCAGGUUGGACGCCGGGGCCGCCCUGGAGCGGCAGGCCACCCCGAGGGGUGUCGGACAGUGAAGCGGGCUCGCCUCCCGCCGGCCUGGACAUGGACACUUUCGACAGUGGCUUCGCGGGCUCGGACUGUGGCAGCCCUGUGGAGUGUGACUUCACCAGCGCUGGGGAUGAAGGGCCCCCCAGGAGCUACCUCCGCCAGUGGGUGGUCAUGGCCCCUCCACCCGAGGGACCAGGGCCCCAGGCCAGCGAGUGAGGCUGACGGGCUGUCCAGAGCUGGUUGAGCCACUGGGCCCUGAGCCAGAGAUGGGGUCCCUGGGGCCGUGCGGUGAAGAUAGGGCCCCUGAGCCUGGUUGACAGUGUGCAUGUGUGACCCAGGUGCACACCGGUGUGUCUGUGUGUGUGAGCAACACAUGUGCCCGUGGACAUGGAGCAUGCCCGUGGUGAUACCAUGUGCCCAAGGCCACCCGCGUCUGUGCCUACAGGAGCUCCCUGUGUGCACGAAUGUGAGAAGUGUGCGUUACUGGCACUGUGUGCACACGAUGCCUGCCUCCCUCCUUUCCAGACAGGGGGCAGCCCCCAGGUCACAUGCUGAGAGGCUGGUCCAGUGUUGCCCACAGGGCCUGCAUAGACCAGGGCACCACCUGCGAUGGGCACCAGUCCCAGCCCUGCAGAUCCUGCCUCCAGGAGCUUUUCAUUCCUCAGGGGGAGGGGAAGAGGUUGGGGUGAGUUCACUGUGACCCUGGGUUGCAGAAAGGUUUGUGGGGGCCUGUGGACCUAGGCUUGGAUCCCAACUGAGCCAACUUGGGCAAGCCGCUUCCCCUCUCUGGGCUGGAGUUUCCUGUCUGGACUCGGUGUUGGGGUGGCAGGUGGCAUGACGCACCUUGGGGAGAAAUUGGCGAGGUCACCCACUGUACAGGCUGCAGCAGAGCAGACCCUCAAUAAAUGCAGCUUCCUUCCUUCUGGGGCCCAGAUCAAGGCUUGUGCUGGAGGUGGGCGGGGGUGAGAAACCAGCCUGGGCUUGGGCGCCCGCCAGUGGGCUGCCCGUCCUGCAGAUGGGCACCCCGGGGGGUUUCCAGGCUUCAAGUCAGCCCGUCUCUUAGGAACAGCCCCCACCAGCCAAGAUUUCUUUUUCUGGUUCCUGUUGCUCACUUGGUUAUUCCCUCUAUGCACCCAAUAAAUACUUCUCGGGUACAA